GCAUUGUGUCGUUUGGUGUGUAGCAAAAAUUAUCGUCAAAGAAUUAUCGUUCGCAAUAACAACAAAACAUCAUACAAUACAUAUUUUUUUAACAAUUGACAAGAUAGAUCGUAGUAAACGUGUUAUUGGUUUCGAUAUAAAGUCAUCCGACAACGUAUUAACACCAUCGUAGUGUUUUCAAAGUUGACCAUUAUUUAGAUUAUACAAGUUAGUUCCGACGAGAAAGAAAUAAAGACGAUAUAAGAUGUCGAAAAAUAGUGAAGCCACCGAAGAAGAAUACUCGGUCGAAAAAGUGUUGAACCGACGCGUUCGCAACGGCAAAGUUGAAUACUUCUUGAAGUGGAAAGGUUACAGUUCGGACGACAAUACAUGGGAACCAGAAGAAAACUUGGAUUGUCCAGAUUUGAUUCAAGCGUACGAAGAUGCACGUUUGAAAAAGGAGGGCGAGAAGCGUAACGGUAAAGACGAUAGGAAGCGAAAAGGCACAAGUCCGGUACCAACAGAUAAAUCGCAAUCAGCGAAAAAGAAAGUUCCAGAGGAAAAGAAAAUGGCUGGUUUUGAUCGUGGUUUAGAACCCGAAAAAAUUCUAGGUGCAACUGACAGCAGUGGUCAAUUGAUGUUCUUGAUGAAAUGGAAGGACACUGACGAAGCGGAUUUGGUACCAUCAUCCCAAGCAAAUGUCAAAUGCCCGCAAAUUGUGAUCAAGUUCUAUGAAGAACGAUUGACUUGGCACCAAAGUUCAGCGGAAGCAAAUGAUGCAAAUUAAAAUAGGCACACCAUCAUUGUCGCCUAAUCAUUAUCAUCGUCGUUUCACCCACUUUGAUUAAGCUUAAAAAAAUACAAAUAAAACAAGAAUAGUCGCAACAAAAACCCGAACUAUAACGACAAUGUUCAAGUAAUACCCAAUAACACAUUGCAACUGUGUUAAGACAAACAAAAAUCAAAUUCAACAAAUUCAGUUUGUUUUUUUUUAAGUCCAAUCUAUCAAUAUAAAAACCACAUGAACUAUAUAGAUAUUGAAAAAAACAAAAUCAUAAAAACAAAUUUCAAAAUGAAAGGAAAUGAAAAAAAAAAUAACGAGAAAACAGAAUACAUUGUUCUUGACAAUUUAUCACUCUAAAAUUUUGUUGCAACAAAAUGAACAUGCUAAUGAAUGAAGCACUUCCGAAUCAAAUCGAAAGAACAUUUUCAACUAAUACCGUUUUUUAUACAGUUAAAUAAUUACACUUUGUUCCAUUUUUAAUUUCUUGGCAAAUGUUCUUUUCAUAGCCUUUUGGUUGGCACUUUUAACAUGUAGACUAAAUUUAAGAUGAAGAAUAAAAACGAAUAUUAAGAAUAAA